AUGCGCGCUUUCUGCUACCUGGUGGAGCUCACGGCGGCCCCCAACCACCGGGAGCUGUCCAACGCCUACCACCGCAUGGGGAAGGCCUACCAGGACUUGGGCAGCCGCAUCAUGGCUCUCAGGUGGCCAUGCCGACAACUCAUGACAGAAAACUACCAUGCCCGACGGGAGCGUAUGCCUACAACGAGUCGUGGGCGUCAAAGCAUAUAGCUAGCCUCUUGCAUCGCGAUAGGAGAUAUACAGAACGUCAUCAAAUCUUGCCCUGCAGGGUCGGACAGAUGCGACGGACGGCAGACCCUUGGGCGCCGCCUGUCAACCACGAAACACCUACGACAGCAGUGACCCCAAUUUUUCGCUUCUCCUAUAGAAGAACCAUGCACGUUACGGCCAGUGUUGUCUGCCUGUUCAUGAUCGGGCGAGAUUGAUCACUCGUUUCCAGUGAUGGUGCUUUUUUCUUGCGCGUUCUCUUGAUCUUGUGGUGUUCCUGUAUGUUCUGUUUUGGUGACGAUUGCAGUGGUGCAGGCCAUCGUUUGAAUCGAUUGCUCCGCGCCCAGUGGCGUAGUCCAGGUGGUGUGAAUACGUAGUGCGAUUAAGUGUCAACGCACCAAACACAACGUUGAUGUGACCCCCCCCCCCCCACAGGAUUGGCGUCUCUUUGCCUCGACAUGUGGUUCUCCCCAAGUCUUGGUCCAGUGGUUGUUGUUAUACUUUAUGGAAUACAACGAUCUUG